AUGGGCACCCCAAAAAUCAUCUCGGAGCCUCUCCCCCCACAUUUCAAGGCUCCUGCACUAGAGAUGUACGACAAAAGCACUAACCCCGGUGACCAACUAGAGGGUUUCAGGGCACUCAUGAUACUGUAUAGAUAUUUUGAUGCCUUGAUGUGUCGGACCUUCCAGGCUACCUUCAGGGGUGCCAUUCGUUGUUGGUUCUCCAACCUUCCUCCUUGGUCAAUCAGCUCAUGGGAGCAAUUUACAAACCUGUUCCUUGCCCACUUCAUCAGCAACAAGCAAUGCCAGAAGAGCAUAGUUUCUCUGAUGUCGCUCAAACAGGAGCCAAGUGAAAGUCUACAAUCUUAUAUCGACCACUUUAAGAAAGAAGAGCUCGAAGUUCGAGGCCUCAACCCUAUGGUCUCCAUGUACUCAGCCAUCAACGAACUCCACCCUGGCUCGACUCUCAAGUGCUCGGUUGCCAAGACCCUACCGAAGAUUAAACUCGAAUUCCUCAAAAAGGCCCAAAAAUACAUUACGGUUGAAGAGGCUUCGGUCGGGGACAAUCAAGAAAGGGCAGGUGAGCACCACAACGGGCCACCAGAGAAGAAAAGGAAAAGUGGGGACCAACGUCACCCUGACAACAAUGACGGCAGAGACAACAAGAAACCACCAGCUCCGGCCUUGGCCUACAAGGACUACAUGCCACUCAACUCCACCUGCACUCAGAUACUAAUUCAGAUAGCAGAAGAGAAGUUCAUGAAGUGGCCAACAAAGCAGAAGCGGAACCCCAAGAGGGGGAACCCUACGAAGUGGCCGAAACCUUUGAUAUUCUACAUAAAUUCAACAUGA